AUGCAUGUUGUCUGUUUGGGACUGCUCCUUUCCAGCCUGACCUGGGCAGCACCAACAUUUCAACCACAGACUGAGAAAACUAAGCAAGACUGUGUGGAAGAACAGAAGAUAACGUACAAAGACCACCAUGAGAAACAUGGGUAUUAUAUUUUUAAGUAUGUUUACACAUCACCUGGAAGGAAAAAUCAAACUGACAUAAAGCCAGAAGAAAGGAACAAAGACGAUACUGCUCUUCGCCAUCCUGGCAAGAAAAGAAAACAAGAUCUGCCUCCUAAAGAGAACGUUGUCUGGGAAAGAGAGAAAGUCUUGCUCCUCCUUGAAGCCAAUGAAAAUAAUCAAAGUAGCAAAUCCCAAAAUAUUUUUGCAAAUAGAGAAACACAGCAUGAAGACCAUAGCAUUAGUAACAAAGAGAAUGCCCACGAUGGUCUAAAGAUGUCCAUUUAUCCUGAAUCCACUGGGCAUAAUGGGGCUGAGAAUGGGGACAAUGCUAUCAGCAAACAACAUGACCAAGAAGAAUAUAGUGCGGAUCUCAUCAGAAAUAACACGCAACAUCUAACGAGACCAGUGACUGUAAUUGCACCCUUGAGGGAAGAACGCAAAAAGAAGAAACCUAGAAAUGUUCUAAAAAAAUUCCUCAGAGGUGCUAACUAUGCUGAAGUCUUCUCAAAAGGUAAAAAGAAUCAUCAAAAAGAUGCCCAAGUCCAUAAUAUUCCAGUCAAAAGCAAAAGCACCUAUCACAUCCAACGCAACUCUGACUACCUUAAACAGCUCCCAAAAGUCAAAACAAUCUCCAGUGAUUUUGAAGGCAGUGGUUACACAGGUCUCCAACAGAGAGGAGGCAAUGAUAUCUCCCCUUUCAGUGGGGAUGGCCAGCCUCUUGAGGAUAUUCCUGGUAAAGGAGACGCUACUGGUCCUGACGUAGAAGGUACAGAUACUCAAAAGGGGUUUUCAGGCCCAAGUGAAGCUGAGACUACUGAUCCUGACACAAGAGGGCCAGGUUACAAUGAGAUCCCAGAGAAAGAGGAAGAUAGUGGAAAUGCCAUUGGAAGCAGGGACACAACAGCAAAAGAGGCAAAUGCUGCAGGUGUUAGCCUUGUGGAGGGCAGCAAUGACAUCACAGGUAGUACCAAUUUUAAGGAACUCCCUGGAAAAGAAGGAAACAGAGUAGAUGCUGGUAGUCAAAAUGCUCAUCAAGGGAGAAUAGAAUUUCAUUACCCUCAUGCACCGUCAAAAGAGAAAAGAAAAGAAGGUGGUAGUGAUGUAACUAAAAGCACUGAUUAUAAUGAAAUUCCUAAAAAUGGCAAAGGUAGCACUCGAAAAGGUGCAGAACAUUCUAACAGGAACCAAGAAACCUUAAAAGAAAGACAAAGAUUUUCUGGUAAGGGGAAGAGCCAGGGCCUGCCAAUUUCUUCUCCAGGUUUUGAUAAUGAAAUAAGUUUCCACAAUGGCCCCACUAAUGGGAAAAAUACAGUAAUACACAGCAAUGGCAGAAAAAAUAAUCAUGUACCCCAUAGACAAAAUGCUGCAACAUGGAAUAAGGGUAUGUCACAAAGGAAAGGCUCUUGGGAUUACAGAAGACCCCAUUCCAAUAGAAGAAGUCCUAGGCUCCCUAGAAAGGAUGAUAGCAGUGAGUCCUCUGAGAGUGACAGUUCAAGUGACAGUGAUGGUGACUAG